AUGGCAUCUGCAGACAAACUCAUCGAGGCCCUCCAAGGCCUUGACGCAAAUGCUUUCGCCAAUGAAGCCGAGCGUGUUCGUGCCCUAGAUGCCCUUGCCUUGGCUGUCAGCAGAGUCCAGAAGCCAUGGGACACCGUCUGGCAUCACUGCUGGGUGAACCCAGCCACAAAUGCCUGUGCCAAAACGUUGAUCGAUGCUGGUGUUUUCCACAAGUGGAUUGAGACUGGUGGUCAGGAAAAAACUUCUGCUGAACUGUCUGAACUUACCAACACUGACCCAAUACUAAUUAGACGUAUGAUUCGACAAAUCUCUGGCCAAAACCUCGUCAUUGAGACGGCUGAGGAUACCUACAAACCUACACCCUGGGUCCGCGCUUUGACUGCCGAUCCAGCCCUCGCCAACGUCUAUGGCGGUCUCUCAGACUUUGUCAACGCUCCCAUGUUUAGAACAUUGCCGUUUUACCUCAAGAAAAUUGGGUACAAGAACCCCACAGACCCUAAUGACUGUAACUGGCAGUUCAUGAAGGGCAAGCAGGAGAAUCUGUUCCAAUCACUCGGUGCAGAUCCUGUUGCUGCUAGGGAGUUCAAUGAUGCGAUGGAGAGUCACUCCAAGUACAACCUUACACCUUGGGUUGAAGUCUAUCCCACUGAGACACUGGUCGCCGACUCCAAGCCUGAUCGACCAUUGGUAGUUGACGUUGGUGGAAGUAAGGGACAUGACUUGACUAAGUUUCACUUGCGCCAUCCCGAUAUUCCACACGGCAGCCUGGUUCUACAAGACUUACCCGACAUUCUUAGAGAGCUUACCAUCGCGGAAACUAUCUCGGUGCAUCCCCACGACUUCUUCACUCCCCAACCAGUCAAGGGCGCCCGUGCUUACUUUAUGCACAACGUGUUACACGACUGGGAAGACAAGCAGGCUAAGGAGAUCCUCAAGCACCUUGCUGAUGCUAUGGAGCCUGGUUACUCCAAGCUUCUUAUCCACGAGAGCUUAAUCAGCACUAUCAAGCCACAUGCACGUGUUACAACGUCUGAUAUUACCAUGAUGGCUUGUCUAGGUGCCAAGGAGAGAACUGAGGUUGAGUGGAGGCAAUUAAUUGAGAGCGCCGGAUUGAAGGUACUGAAGAUUUGGAGACCACUUCAGUCGGUGGAAAGUGUCAUUGAGGCUGAACUGGCACGGGACCCGACAGAAUAA